AUGCAAGGAGGUAAGAUGAAGCUAGAUGAGGAUCUACGACCUGAUCGUGAGGAUGAUUUCCAAACAGAUGAUGAAGAAAAUCAGGCACACAGGGUGUUUGAAAAUUUGGAUGAUGAUUCUGAUUCAGAUAAUUCACCUCUUUCGCCAAGUUUGUCCAAUGAGAUUUCCACGAUCUCUUGGCCUCAAAGUUAUAGGCAAUCUAUGGACAUGUUAACUAGUGCAACACCUCCUGGACUAAAUCUCUUAAAAAGAAUUGGUUCAGUAGGGAGAAGUAACUCUUCCAUCAAGAGAUCCAAAGAAGAUUCUUCUCUAACUCUACCCUUUGUUUCUGAGACAAAUUUAAUCAAACAAGACGAACACCAUGCCUCGACACCUUGCCUACAGCCACUUGUUUCUAGCAGUGCCAGAUUUUCUGUGAACGAAUUGCCACCACCACAACAACAAUGUUCAUUUACAAAAUCAUUAACUCUAUGCUCAGUUGGAGGAAUAUUUGCAACAAUAGUUGUUGCACUUUGCUUGUUUUGGGUUGGUACGGUUGACAAAGUUGCUGGAUUUAAGCCAGGAGAAAAAGUUUUAGACUUGGCUCACUUACCUGUCUCAAUUGGUCUCUAUAGUUUUUGCUUUGCUGGUCAUGCAGUUUUUCCUAACAUCUACUCUUCUAUGAAGGAACCAUCCAAAUUUCCAUCAGUGUUAUAUGUCUGCUUUGCCUUUUGCCUUGUUAUGUAUGUGAGUGUGGGAAUAAUGGGCUAUAUAACAUUUGGUGACUUAGUUUCAUCUCAGUUUACUUUAAACAUGCCUAAAGAAUUAUGUGCAUCUGAGAUUGCAACUUGGACUACGGUUGUGACUCCAUUGACAAAGUAUGCCCUAACGUUAUUGCCUAUUGCACUAAGUAUAGAGGAACUAGCCACCUCUCCUAGGCUAAGAUGUCAUGCUGUCUCGGUUUUUGUCAGAACUACUUUAGUGAUUUUAAGCUUAUUUGUGGCUCUCUCUAUUCCAUAUUUUGUAGGGACACUUGUGUUUUGCUUUGAAAGAAUUGAGGGAUAG